AUGGAUAGAAGAAACGAAAACAAUGGAAUGGCACUCAGAAGGCAAGUACUGCUUCUCUUAUUUUUGCCUUUCUCCUGCUGGGCUGCCUCAGAGCAGAUUCGUUAUUCUAUCCUUGAGGAGAAGCCAAAGGGUUCGGUUGUGGGGAAUCUUGCUGAGGAUUUGGGACUGAAUGCCAGAGAUCUAGGAAGGCGCAAUCUGCAUGCUGUCUCUGUGAACAAAAUGCAGUAUUUCAGUAUCAAUGCAGAAAAUGGAAAUCUCUAUGUAAAUGACAGGAUUGACAGAGAGGAAAUAUGUGGCACAACUCCACUCUGUCUUGUUAAUUUUGAGGUGGUAAUGGAAAAUCCCCUUAAUAUUUUUCAUGUGACUAUUACAAUUCAAGAUAUAAAUGACAAUGCGCCAUUCUUUCUCAGUGGCAAUAUCAACUUAGAAACAAGCGAACUAACUUUGUUAGGAACACGGUUUUUCCUUGGGAAAGCUGAAGAUCCUGACAUUGGGAUGAAUGCUCUCCAGAAUUACCACCUUAGCUCGAAUCAGCAUUUUACUCUGGAUGUUAAAGAGACUCAUGAUGGAAAUAAAUUUGCAGAUUUAGUGCUGCAGAAAGCACUAGAUCGAGAGACUGAACAGACCCUUCACUUGAUUCUCACAGCGUUGGAUGGGGGUGAACCUAGAAAAACUGGGACUGCCCAGAUAUGGAUUAAUGUCACAGAUGCCAAUGACAACCCACCUGUUUUCACUCAAGAGGUGUACAAGGUCAGUUUGAGGGAAAGUAUUGCAGUUGGAUCGCUUGUGCUCCAGGUUACAGCAUCUGAUAAUGAUGAAGGUUCAUACGCCCAAAUCAGGUAUUAUUUUAGUAAUAUACCACAGAAUGCCAACAAGAAAUUCAGUCUAGAUCCAUUGAAUGGCUCAAUCCUACUUAUAGGGUUAUUGGACUUUGAGGAUAUCAAUGAAUAUACUAUAUCAGUAGCAGCCAAAGAUGGUGGUGGAUUAGUGACACAUUGCAAAGUUGAAAUAAGCGUUCAUGAUGAGAAUGAUAAUGCCCCAGAGGUUACUUUAGCCUCCAUGUUUAGCCCAGUUCCGGAAGAUUCUAUGUCAGGAACAGUCAUUGCUCUGAUCAAUGUAAAUGACAGGGAUAGUGGAGAUAAUGGAAAGGUUACUUGCUACCUACAAGAUGAUUUACCCUUCAAAGUUCUUCCGUCAUCUAACAAUUACUUCAAGCUCCAGACAGACAGUCUCCUGGACAGAGAAAGAACUCCUGCAUAUAAUAUUACAAUCACAGCCACUGAUAGAGGAACUCCACCUCUUUCCACACACAAAACAAUCUCUCUACAGAUCUCAGAUAUCAAUGAUAAUGCCCCUACAUUUCAGAAAUCAUCCUACAACAUCUACGUGCCAGAAAACAAUCCUUCAGGUGCCUCCAUUUUCACCAUCAAAGCUUCUGAUCCUGAUAUGGACCAGAACUCACGGAUCACAUACUCCAUCCUCAACAGCAACAUCGAGGAGCUUCCCAUCUCCUCCUAUAUCUCCAUUAAUUCUGAGACUGGCAUCAUCUAUGCCCAGAGAUCCUUUGACUAUGAACAAUUCAGAGAGUUCCGGCUGCAAGUGAAGGCCCAAGAUGGGGGUUCUCCCCCUCUCAGCAGCAAUGUGACCGUCAGGGUGUUUGUUCUUGACAGGAAUGAUAACAGCCCUCGUAUCCUGUCCCCUCACAAGAAGCCAAGGGCUCAGCCUUGUUUGAGAUGGUGCCUCGUUCGGCCGAGGCAGAUUAUCUUGUCACCAAGGUGGUGGCCGUGGAUGCAGAUUCUGGACACAACGCCUGGCUCUCCUACCACCUGACUCAGGCCACUGAGCCGGCACUCUUCACGGUUGGUUCUCAUACUGGAGAGAUCAGGACAGCCAGGGCCUUUGUGGAGAGAGACGCUGUGAAACAGAGACUGGUCAUUAUGGUGAAGGAUAACGGGCAGCCGUCUCUCUCGGCCACCAUGACUCUGAACCUGGUGUUUGCUGAGAACUUUCAGGAGGCCCUUCCGGAAAUGAAGAGCCAACCCAGCAGCUCAGAGUAUCAGUCUGACCUGCAGUUCUACUUGGUGCUGGCCUUAGCUGUGAUCUCCUUCUUGUUCCUCUUGACCGUGAUUCUGGCCGUUACAAUGAAGCUCCGUCAGUCAGGGCAUCCCAGGUUCCUACAGUGCUUUGGUCCUGUUCCUCAUUCCAAGAAUGGUGCCAUCUUCCCACCCAACUUUGAAGAUGGGACUUUGCCCUAUUCCUACCAGCUGUGUCUGUCUUCUGAGUCCAGGAAGAAUGAGUUUACCUUCCUUACACCAAAUAUACAGAUUGCAGACAAUAUUGUUAGCAGUGAGAAACCUGGUGUUCCUUUUACAGGCCACGGAGAAAAUAAUUGUCAAGCUGAGAUGAAUAAAGAUGAAGAGGUAAGAAUUGUUAUCCAGAAUUAUUUGUGUAAGCCAUGGUGUUUUUCAAUGAGCAAAAUCCAGACAGAAUGCCUCCAUACUUUUGUGGAAAUUGCUAUAGUUUGUCUUCUUUUUACUCAGCAUUCACACAAUACUGUUACAAAAUCAGUAACACCUUUUCCACCUUUUCUUAGUGGAUGGAAGGCUAACAAUUUUUUUUUAGAAAAAUAGCACAAGCUCCAUGGCAAUUCUUCUCUCUCUCUCUCUCUCUCUCUCUCUCUCUCUCUCUCUCUGUGUGUGUACAGGGAAAUGGAGAUCGUAAAUUGGCCUUUAUUUGUAUCAGUUCUCUCCUUUGUAAUUGAUGUAUAUAUUAUUACUGAGAGCAGAACUCUUUAGUCUCUUUCUCUCUCUCUCUCUCUCUCUCUCUCUCUCUCUCUCUUACACACACACACACAGAGAGAGAGAGAGAGAGCUUGUGGUGACCAGCUGAAUUAUUCUUGUGUCUCUGAGGUGAAGCUUCAGAAAUAAAGUGUAUGAGUCAUGUGUUUUUAGGACUAUGAUGAUAAUAUUGGUGAGAAGCAAUUUGACUGUCAGUAACCAACUCCUCUCUUUGGAAGAAUAAUUCUAGAAUUUUGUUGUGAAACCAUCUAGGCCUGGGGCUUUAUGUAUUUUUUUUGUUUUUGAGGACAGUCUCUAUUUCCACUGGGAUGGUAGGACUGUCCAAUGAACUCUUGUUCGUCUUCUGUUAUGGUUGGAAUGGGCAGUCCUGUCAGGUGGUUCUUGAUUCCCUGUUGGGGUGGGUUGUGGGAGGUGUAUAGGUUGGAGUAGAAUUCAGCGAAUUCUGACUCCAGUCCUAUGCACACUUUAUCUAAAUGUGCCCCAGACUGAGGUGUGCCUAGAUGUCAACAUGUCUGUAGGAAGCUAAGGUAAAGGUAAAGGGACCCUUAACCAUUACGUCCAGUUGUGGAUGACUCUGGGGCUGUGGUGCUCAUCUCGCUUUAUUGGCCGAAGGAGCCGGCAUACAGCUUCCGGGUCAUGUGGCCAGCAUGACUAAGCCGCUUCUGGUGAACCAGAGCAGCGCACGGAAACGCCGUUUACCUUCCCACCAGAGUGGUAUCUACUGGCACUUUUACGUGCUUUCGAACUGCUAGGUUGGCAGGAGCAGGGACCGAGCAACGGGAGCUCACUCCGUCGUGGGGAUUCAAACUGCUGACCUUCUGAUCAGCAAGCCCUAGGCUCUGUGAUUUAACCCACAGCGCCACCCAUGGAAAGCUAAGGGCUUUCCCAAAUAUGAGCAUUGCUUUUGUGUCUGCAUUAAUCUUUCCUCUAUAUAAGGAGCUAUUUAAGAGAAUUGUAGAAUUGUAGAUUUGGAAGGGUCAAUUAUGAAUCCAGCCCAGUGUUCUCAAGCCUGACUAGGAAACGCUGUCCAAGCUCUGUUACUAUCUGAUGGCUUUUACAUAUUAUUUGUGUGUGGUGCUGGUUUACUUUUAGGAUACAUGCAAGCAAAGCAGCUUGUAGAAUUCUGCAUAUUAGGGGUGGGGGGAAAUGCCAAGGUGAUUAUUUUAUGAACUAAAAAGUUACUAUUUGGAUGAACUUUAACUGAACUAUUUUGUAAAAUUACAAACUUCUUUGGACAGGAUGAACUAGAACUCCUUCCUUUUAAAAAUGAACUGUUGAUCCCCCACAUAGUAUUUGCUUUUUCUAAACAUGUAGAUUGUCAUAGUGGCAGGGUAUGAUGUCUUGACAAUUACUACUUCAAUAUCGCCCUACUUUAUCCAGGACUCCACAGAAUUAGAUUUCAUCCUUGAUCCCCCUUUAAAAUACUGACAAGUGCAAGUUCAUAAGCUGAAUAGACAAUGGUCAGAAUGCUAAACUGUGGAGUUACUAAUAGACAAAAUUGUUGUAAAGUGGAAAGCUCAGUAAAUGGAGUUCCUGAUAGACAAACUUGUUGUAAAGUGGAAAGCUCAGUAAAUGGAUAUUUAUGAGGUUUUUGAAGACUAUGUUCUACUCAGACUACACAAACGGUAAAUAUUGAUAGUAAGUUAGUCAUACUUCAAUUUCAAGGCAGAUGUCAGAUUUUAGCUGCAAAUUUCUGUGAAGCGCACUUCAUCAGUAAAUCCAGGUUUUCUACUCUUAACAUGUAACUAUUCUAGGAACAUAAAAAAUAAAAUUCUAGGCACAUGUUUUUUACUACACAAAUGGUAACAUUUCUCAAGGAGAUGAGAAAGUUACAGAUUUCAAUUUGAAAAUGUGGUGAAUGCUACAAUUCUUUUAUUCUCCCCAUUUAUAUCCUACCUGAUCUUUCUAAAAAAAGGAAAGAAAAUAGGGGGAGGAGGUGGGAUAAAUUCCACAUUAAGUGUGUGUGUGUAUAGUGUAUUGUUGCUGGUUAUUUUCUACUACUACUUUUUAGAUGCCAGUGAGUUGUGGCCUAUCCUACAGAUAAAACACAUCAACAAAUUUGUAAAGCUAUGUUAUUUACCCAAAUAUUCCUGAAAAUGGAUACACAUCAAUAUGUAAAUGACAAAACAAAUCUCUUCCAUGUUAUCUGUGACAAAACUUCUUGCAGUUCCUCAUCUGAGACUCAGAGUGCCGCUGUUGUCCAACAUAGUUCUCACACUGGAACUGAAAAUCCAGUGAUUUGCUGCUUCUGCAAUGUGAUUGCUGGGGAACACACCGAGCUGGGAAACAGCAGAACACAGGGACUUCCAAAGUGUUUUGCUGAGAAACAAAAACCACUGCAAAAUACAGAAAUUCGGCAGCAACCAGUAGCCUUGUUUUAUCAUCUUUUAUUGAGCACUUCUGCAUUCUAAUGGGAAUGUGAAACUCCUCAUCAGCUCAACGGAUCACAGAAAACAAGGAUAAAGCACAUAUCCCUGCAAGAGUGAUGGAAAAUAGGCAGAAGGAAAACAGCAGAUCCCUAAGAAGGCAAGUACCUCUCCUCUUAUUAUUCUCUCUGUGUGGUCAGAUUGCCUCAGAGCACAUUCAUUAUUCCAUCCCUGAGGAAAUGGAAAAGGGAUCCAUUGUAGGAAACCUAGCCAAAGACCUGAGCCUGAAUAAUGGAGAAAUAGGAAAUGAUAAUCUACGUAUCCUUUCCCUAGGUAAAAAGCAAUACUUUACUCUCAGUGCAGAAAAUGGAAAUCUGUAUGUAAGGGAGAGGAUUGAUAGAGAGGAAUUAUGUGGUCAAACUGCAUUCUGCUCCAUUAAUUUUGAAGUGGUGAUUGAGAGUCCUAUGAAUAUUUUUCAUAUAACUGUAGAAAUCCAAGACAUUAAUGAUAAUGCACCAUAUUUUGUAAAUGGGGAUAUCAAGCUGGAGAUAAGUGAAUCCUCUUUAAAAGGCACCACGUUUCUCCUUGGACAAGCUGAAGAUCCUGAUCUUGGAGUGAAUUCUCUCCAGAAUUACCACCUUAGCACAAAUCAGUAUUUUAUCCUGGAAGUGAGAGAAAUAGAAGAUGGAAAGAAAUAUGCAGAAUUAGUGUUGAAUAAACAGUUGGAUCGGGAAAGUGAAAGCAGUUUCCAAUUAAUCCUUAUGGCGCUGGAUGGAGGGAAGCCUGCCAAAACUGGAACAGCCAAAAUAUGGAUCACCGUCAUUGAUGCAAAUGACAACCCACCAGUCUUCACUCAAAAAGUAUACACGGUCAAGCUGAAAGAAAAUGCCCCCAAAGGGUCACCAGUGAUCCAGGUGAAAGCCACAGAUAGUGAUGACGGUUCUUAUGCUCAGAUCAACUAUAAUUUUAGUAACAUCCCUGAAAGUGCUCGUCAAAAGUUCCACUUGGGUUCACAAGAUGGGACAAUAACACUUAAGGAGGCUCUAGACUUUGAGGAAACAGAAGGAUAUGUGAUGGCAGUAGAAGCAAGAGAUGGAGGUGGAUUAGCGGCUCACUGUAAAGUUGAAAUUUCACUCCUAGAUGAGAAUGACAAUGCGCCAGAAGUGAUUCUUGCCUCUUUAUCCAGCCCCAUCCCUGAAGACUCUGCAGUAGGAACCCUGGUAGCCCUUAUCAAUGUAAAUGAUAGAGACUCUGGAGAUAAUGGGAAGAUUACUUGUGAUAUACAACACGCUUUGCCAUUCAAAAUGGUAUCAGCCUCCAAUAAUUAUUAUAAGCUUCUCACAGAUGCCCCCUUGGACAGAGAAAGAACUCCAGAGUACAAUAUCACAGUCACAGCCACAGACAAAGGCAACCCCCCUCUUUCCACAUACAAAACCAUCACACUGCAGAUCUCAGACAUCAAUGACAACUGCCCUGCCUUUGAGAAACCCUAUUAUACUGCCUAUGUCCCAGAGAACAAUCCUUCAGGCUCCUCCAUUUUCAGGGUCAAAGCCUCUGACCCAGAUGUGGACCAGAAUGCUCAAAUCACCUACUCCAUUCACAACAGCAUCACUGAGGGGCUGCCUCUCUCAUCCUUCCUCUCCAUUAAUUCUGAGACUGGCACUAUCUAUGCUCAGCGCUCCUUUGACUAUGAGCAAGUCAGGGAGUUUCAAGUGGAGGUGAGGGCCGAAGAUGGAGGCUCCCCCCGCCUCAGCAGCAAUGCCACCGUGAGAGUGUGCAUUCUGGACCAGAAUGACCAAAGCCCUCAGAUUCUUUACCCUUCUCAAGGAGCAGAGGGCUCCUCCUUGUUUGAGAUGGUGCCUCGCUCAGCAGAGGAGGGUUUUCUGGUGACAAAGGUGGUGGCUGUGGAUGCUGACUCUGGACACAAUGCUUGGCUCUCCUACUAUCUGCUCCAGGCAACAGAACCUGGGCUGUUCUCAAUUGGUUCCCAUACUGGGGAGAUCAGGACCUCACGGGCUUUUCUGGAAAGAGAUGCUGUGAAGCAGAAGCUCAUCAUCUUAGUCAAGGAUAAUGGGCAGCCACCACUAUCCGCUACCGUGAGUCUCAACCUGGUGUUUGCUGAGAACUUCCAGGAGGCACUUCCGGAAAUUAGCCACCAGCCCAGUGACUCUGAGUAUCAAUCUGAUCUACAGUUCUUCUUGGUGCUGGCCUUAGCUUUGAUCUCCUUCUUAUUCCUCCUGACAGUGAUUCUGGCCAUUCUCAUGAAGAUUCGGCGGUCAGGGAACCCCAAAUUCCUGCAGUGUUUUGCUCCUGUUCCCCAUUCAAACAACACGGUCAUUUUCCCACCAAACUAUGAAGAAGGAACAUUGCCAUAUUCGUAUCAGCUGUGCUUAUCUUCUGAGUCCAGGGUACAGGAGUUCACCUUUCCAACACCCAAUGUUCAAACUUCAGAGAAUAUUUCAUGCAACACUCAGUCUGAUGCACCUUUGACUGCCAAUGGAGGCAAUAUCCUAAUUUCUGAGAUGGAUAGAGCUGAUAUGGUGAGUUGUUUUUUUCAGCAGUACAUGGUGAACUGA